GAAUGUCGUCGGCGUCCAAAGUCAAUGUGAUGUUCCCACUUGGAGCUUGGCCAGCAACAGAGACACGCACGGGAGAGCGGCAGCCACACUUUUGCAGGUCAAGCCACAGCAGGGAUGACCCACAAUGACGGACUGCGGGCGAAAUGCCCGGCCUUCGAUUGGCUGGCUGACCCCUAUCCCUGCCGCUUUCUUGGGGAAAGAUGCCAAGAGCGAAUGUGUUCAUGAUCCCCAACUGCUGUUUGUGGAAGCUCUCAGCUCCGUGUCCUUGUCGUUGACUGACAAGUUGCCAUGUGAAGCCAUAUCCGACGUGAUUCGACAUGCGAUUUUGCACCGUUCCAUUCAUUCUCUAGGUCGAUAGUACGGAUCUCGGAUACAGGAGCCUCGAAAAUAAUGACCCUCUCACUAUCACCGGCAAAGCUGGUCCUCCUUGCCGUGCACUUUGCUGUUCAGGCCGAUAUCGAUAGCUUGGCUGUCCUUGCUGCCCGCCAUGACACUGUCUUGCGCAAAGACCUGGUGUUGCGUAUUCUCCUGACAUACCUCCCCGAAACCUUACAAUCAAACGAAUACGUCGGAUUUCUCGAGAAGAUCGAAAAGGGAACCCUUUCAGAAAACACCAACCAUGACGUCGAUGCUUCAUCUGUAGAGACGCUAGCCGAGGGAGAUGCGACAAAGCGGGUGCGCAAGCUUCGACUACUGCCCUUGACUUUCAAGGAUACACCAAAAGAGGUUGGGGAUGACCCUAUCACCUCCUUCCUUGUCCGGAGGUCAUACAAGGUGGACGAGGAGGCUGGCUUGCUCGCGGAGCUCCCGACCUUGUUGCUGCCGUUCAUGGAUCAGUCGGCAUACGUGCGGACCCUUUUGAUCUCGACAAUCUUGCCGCUUUUACGACGAAACUGCGAAUACCACCCAGAGGAUCCAAUUCAAUACACCUUGUCUGCUUUUCAGGAACUCCCAGAUCGUGUUGCCGUCAAUCUGUUACUGUCUCGGACCGGAGCCAGGGAAGAGGACUUGCCCGUAGUAGGACGAGACUUGCGGGGUCUAAUCGGUCCAUGGCUUGUGGACGAAAAGAAGUGGAAGACCAGGAGACGUAGUAUCGUUUCUCCCAACGGCGAGGAAGACGACGGGAUUUGUGCCGGAUACGACGAGGUUCUUCGCUGGCUCACCACGCAAGCGUCAAAGAACUGGAGGGUGGCCGUCAAUGCUAUUCAACAGUGGGGUGGUCCAGGAGAUGCUGACCUGGCCGGCUGGGGGAAGCUGGAGUUGACAGAGCAACAGCAAGACCGUGUGCAGCGAACCUAUGCGCAAGCAGCAUUGGCAUCGGCCUAUGUGCUUCCGGAAGCGUCAUCUGAGGCGAUUGAGGGGGCAUAUAGUAUCGUGGCUCAGGUUGCGAACCUCCGUGGUUUAGAUCCGCUGCCCCCUUUUCCCUCAGCUGUCGCACUCCUGCCGCCCCUUGCCGAGCAAAUAUCUGAGAACAUCAUCUCCACCAAAACCGCGACGUUUAUGCGGAAUGAUCUGUUGGCUUCAUCGAAUAUUUUGACGGCGCCCGACAACUCUGCUGUCGCUUUCUUGGAGGCACUGAUUCUCAGUGCUCAUCUUCUCACCCAUGCCGGCCAAGCUUGCACCAUUAGAAGAGCCGGAGAGCUCGCCUUGUUACAAGACGAACGUGACCAGAAAGAACAGGCCAGCAAGUUGAUUCAUCAUCUCAACCACAACGGCCCAAAGACAGACGAUAAAUAUUGGUUGGGGGCGAGAAAUGAGAUUCUCUGGCUUCGGGAUUGGGGUGCUGAGGAGGUGUCUCUUGAGGCCACUCCUAAGGGGGUGUUCAGCAAGUUGAAAAAAGAGUUUUUGGAGGUUGAGAUUCUCAAGGCGUUGCUUUUCAACACACGCUACUCCUUGGCGCGGUCGUUGUACGAAGACGCCCCUGACAGGCCCCUGGACGAGAAGGUGCUGCAAGACACGGUCUACGCCACCGCCAUGACAGCCUACGACAACGCUUCCAAUCCCAACCGCACUCGCGGUGGGCUCAAGAAGUGUGAUGAGAUAAUCAAAGCCUUCCCCUCCACCCUCCCCAAAUCCCACCCCCUCGCCCAGAAAGUCGAGGCCCUCCUCCAAGCCACCCACGCCCUAAGUGAAUACCGUCUAGUCCUCAAACAAGGCGAACCCUUCACCCCUAUUGUCCUGCGGGUGCACUCGGAUCCGAUCUCCAUCAUUGGCAAAAUCCUCGAGCAAAACCCCAAAUCAUACACCCGGCUCCAGGACUUUGUCGACCUGGGCAACCGGAUGGUCCAAGCCGGGCUGGUUAAACAAUCUCCUUCUUCCUCUCAUCUAUCCUCUCUCCCGCACCCGCCAGAACAGGUGUCUCAACGCAUCACAGCCAUGUGCAUCGACGCGGCUUUAACAGAAGAAGAUUUCGAGACAGCCUACUCUUUUGUCGUCACCCGUCUCGAUUCUCCUGCUACCGGCCAACAAAAAGAUGAUUACUCGUGGCGAGUGGCGCUGCAGGCGGGGAAGUACCGGCGCACGGCGAGGACGACCAAGCCGACGCAUUUUGGGACCGGGAGCGCGAACGAAGAGAUUAGGCACUUGGAGCAGAGGAUUGAGUGUUUGAGCGUUGCGUUGAGGAUCGCGCCGGGGGCGACGCUGCAGGAGAUUUUGAAUGUUUAUCGACGGGCGGAGGAGGAGCUGGAGGUGAAGGUUAGGCAGGAGGAGGAGAGGGAGGAGGAGUGGGAUUGGAGGGGGGAUAGUGUCUCGGGCACAAACAUGCCGGGGGGGUUUAACAGUACGAACAAGGUAAAACAAGCACGGGUUGGUGGGAGCAGUAGGGGACGGGAUAGUAAGGAGGAGGAGGCGCCGAUGAGUUUGUUUGAUUUGGCGAGGGCGACGGGAUUGACGGCGCCGAGGAAUUUGAGCGCGCUGAGUGGGCUGCAGAGGGCUGCUGGGGGGGCGCUGGGGGGGUUGGGGAGGGGGGUUGUGGGGGGUUUGGCUGGGGGGAGGGAUAAGAAUGGGAGCGAGAGGGGCAGUAUGGAUAGUGCUAGGUCGGGGGGAGGGGAGGUGGUGAGUCCUACUGGUGGAAGUCAUGACGGGGAGGGUGGACAACAGAGGGCGAGGAAGAGGGAUCAGUUGAAGAAUGCGGCGAUGGGGACGUUGGUUAGUGGGGUUGGGUGGUUGGUUGGUGCUCCUGGGCCUGCGGCGGCUGGGGGUGGGAAUGGGAGGGAAUGA